GCAACAUCAAGUGGACCCCAAGGAAACUAAAUAAUUUCCUAGAAAGAAGGCAACCGACAAAAAACCACUAACCACAAAUAAACGAUAUCGUUACCUUAACUCACCUUAGGGUGUUGAAAGAUCCAAAAAAAGAAGACGGAAGUGAUGUGUUAAGCAACGUCCACCGUUAACGGAGGGUCCCACGUUAGCAAAGAAAGCGAGACUUGGUCUGGUCGGCAAACAUCAUGUGUCUGUCAAAAACAUUUCUUUCUCUUUCUUCUCUCUCUCCUCAAACCCAUAGCCGUACCCACCCCAUUUUUGUCUCCUUCCUCUUUCACUAUAUAUCACCCUUUUCCUACCACACCAUUUUCCCCAAUUCACCUUUUCUCUCAUUACCAUUUUCCAUUUCCAAUUUUCAAUAUUCCCCUUCUUCUUCUCUUCCUUGUCUUCUCAGAGGAAGGAGAAGAAACAAAACAAGGAAGAAUAUAAUAUAUAAUUUAUUAGAAUAGAAGAAAAAAAUAGAUUAAUUCUAUCAAAACAAAGCACAAGCCAUUUUUGCUAAACCAAAACGACAAUAAUUUCCUCGUUUUACUUUUUAAGAGCAAAUUAAUUAUUCAGAUCUGUACGCUCGUACCUUUUUUCUUCUUUCGUUCCUCUCUCUCUUGAUUUUUGAUUUUUUUUCCUACACCAUGGGAACGGAAAUUUUGUUACCACAGGAUUGCUUGAUCGAACGCAUUAGAGUUCCGCCGGCGAGUUUUUACCGGCGAAGACCUUAUGGAAAUUGCUAUAACAAUAAUAAUUAUGGUAAUAGUAAUAAUUUUUACGGUGCUAACUCCGGGAGGAUUAACCGGAAACCGGCGAUUCGACCGGAGCAAAGAAAACGAGUUGCGGUGACGGAAAAAAAACCUAGCUCCGAUGAUUUGAAGGUGGCGAGGGGAAGCAGUUUGGUGACAGAGAAGGUUACGAUUCUUCGGAGAGGCGAAUCGCUUGAUUCAAAAAUGAAUACUGUGGGUUUGAAAAAGGAAGGUGAAGAUUUAGUCGUCAUCGGAACUCAGAGACUCAGAUCCGACCCGAAUUUUGUUCAUAAACAGAUCCGGAUCGUUGAUUUCAAGAACGGUUGUGAUAUUUACGCCGGAUCCGCAUUUGCAAUGUCUCCGUCGCCGAGCGCGCUUCCGAUACCGUCUUUUCAGAGGAAGUUAACAUCGUCGGUGGCCGUUGAUGACUCCGCUACGCGGGAUCUGAGACGCCUACUCCGCAUCGAAUGAAUUCGAAUCGGGUCGUAAUUUCGGGUUUCGGGUCAGACCCCCUGAGGACUUUCUAUCUUCUCUUCUUUUUUGGUCUCUCCUUAAUCUAGAAUCUUCUUGUUACCUAUUACGCCCCUCCUAUUUUCGAGUUCUAACCCGAACGUGAUUUUUUUAAACGGAAGGGUGGAAUUAAAAUAUGGCAAAAAACAUGGGGCGAAAAUGUUAAUAAAAGAAGUUUGGAGUAGUGCUGUGAGCGUUUGUAAGAUCUUGUGGAGGUUGUUAAGGGUAAAUUUUAGGUUGUAAUCUCAGGUUAGAAUGGGAAAAAAAAUUAAAAAAAUUGAAAAAAAGAAGAAAGAUGGGAGGAAGUUGGGGGGUUGAUCUGUAAAUUCCGGAAAUGUAUGUGCAAUUUGAAGUGAAAAUGGUUUAUGCUCUCGUGAGAAAUUACGAGUAUCUUGUAGGUUUGUACCCUUUUGUACUGUGAAGUUUAAAAAAUUAAAUAGGGAGAUUUGGGCAGAUUCAGAUUG